GCCCAUUCCAGGAAGCCACGACGGGGAGUCACCCUGCACCGGGCGCUCCAGCCUCGCCAUGCUUGCCGUCCGCAGCCGCCUGGCCAGCGCGCUCACCGCGCGGGUGCGCGCGCCACAGGCAUGUGCAUCCUUUGCCACAGGCCCCAGACAAAGCGACGGAACAUUCUAUGAAUUCCGUACCUACUAUCUUAAAUCCUCAAAGUUGAAUGAGUUCCUGGAAAAUUUUAAGAAAAAUGUUCACCUUCGGACAGCUCAUUCUGAAUUGGUUGGAUAUUGGAGUGUAGAAUUUGGGGGCAGAAUGAACACAGUAUUUCAUAUUUGGAAAUACGAUAAUUUUGCUCAUCGAACUGCAGUUAGAAAAGCCUUGGCUGAAGAUAAGGACUGGCAAGAACAAUUCCUCCUUCCCAAUUUGCCUCUCAUUGAUAAACAAGAGAGUGAGAUUACUUAUCUGGUCCCUUGGUGCAAACUAGGAAAGCCUCCAAAAGAAGGUGUCUAUGAACUGGCCACUUUUCAAAUGAAACCUGGGGGCCCAGCUCUGUGGGGCGAUGCAUUUAAAAGGACAGUUAACGCUCAUGUCAACCUAGGCUAUGCUAAACUCAUUGGUGUUUUCCACACCGAAUACGGAGCACUCAACAGAGUUCAUGUUCUUUGGUGGAAUGAAAACGCGGACAGUCGUGCUGCAGGAAGACAUCAGUCUCACGAGGACCCCCGAGUAGUGGCAGCUGUUCGGGAAAGCGUCAACUACCUGGAGACUCAGAAGAAUAAGCUUCUGAUACCUACAUCAUUUUCACCAUUGAAAUAAGUUUCUACUGAAAUACCAAGCGUUGCAUUCACCUGGCAUUGAGAUGUGUCUGCAAAUGGUGUUUAAGCUCUCCCAAGAGGAUUAUUCUCCCUAUGAUGUAAAGGAGGUAAUAAGUUCAGUCAUUGGGUCCCUUGCAUUUUUUUAAAGCCACCUCUGUCUUUUGUCAUCAUGUCACCUCAGGAGACAGCUGUCUUCAUUUCCUCUAGAAUCUG